AUGGCAGGACGCCCGUUAGCCGAGUAUAGAGACAUCGACGUCGAACUCGAGGCACUGGCCGAUACGCAGGACUUUGAAGGCCCGGACUCUCCGCUUCCAUUCCUCGACGACCACGAACACGACGUCGACGACGACCACCAUCACAAUAACACCGUCGCUGGCAGAAACGUGCCAAGGACAAGAUCCAACAUGGCCAGCAUCAUGAACACCACACCGAAGUGGAUGAGAUCGGCGCAGCCUUGGGGCCGCUCUUGGGGGCGAGCCGCUCUGGCAGUCGUCAAACCACGCCUGACCUUCGCAUAUGUCGUUUUCGGCCUCAUCACGCUCUACGUCUUGUAUUGCGCUGUUACCCGCUCUCCUCUUCUGGCGUCGAAGCUGCCGAGGUAUACGGGCCCCUACGAUGUCGGCGCCAUAGACGUCGAGGUCCCCGUCCGGACACCACGCACGACGAGCGACGCAGUCUUCAAGAGCAGCGGGAAACCGGCCUUUGAACUCCAGACUGUGCUGUUCACCCUCUACUACCCAGCGACAAGGGGCUCCAAGGGUACCGGCCAUCACUACUGGGUUCCGAAACCCGUCGGCAUCACCGCCGAGGGAUACGCGAGGGCCGCCCACUUCAACAACUUCAUAUCGCGGCCCGUCUUCACCUUCUUCCUGUGGGCCAUCGCGGGGAGCAUCACGAUCCCCGCCCAGGUCGACGUCCCGCUUCUGCUGCCAAUCAGCGCCGAGGGCAGAGGCGAGGGCAGAGACGAGUUCCCGGUUGUGGUCCUGUCCCACGGUCAAGCCAGCUCGCGGACGGACUACACGCACUACUGCGGCGAACUCGCCAGCCGCGGCACCGUCGUUGCCGCCAUCGAGCACCGCGACGGCAGCUCCCCGGCAUCUGUCGUGACGGCAGAGGAUGGCACGGAGCGCAGGGUCAUGUAUAUGGACCAGAGCGAGCUCCGGGGCGGCGACGAGAUGGACCCGGACGACUUCAAAUUCGAGCAGCUCGCCUUCCGACAGGCUGAGAUUGAGGAAACCGUUUCCGUGCUGCGGUCAUUGCAUGCAGGCAAAGGGCCCGUCGUCUUCGCCAGCAACGCCCGCAAGGAAGGCCGCGACCUCGCACAGUGGGAGGGCAGGCUCAACCUCUCCCAGACCGUCAUCGCGGGCCACUCCUUUGGCGCAACGGGCGCCCUCCAGGCUCUCAAGGGCGCCACCUCGGCCCGGAACCCGGCCGUCGGCGGCAUCAUCCUCGAUCCCGGCAAGAGCAGCGGCAAGCUGAACACGGACAUCGACGUGCCGGUCCUCAUCAUCCACUCGGACUCGUGGUCCAAGAAGUUGACCUUGUUCUUCGGGAGGCCGCACUUCGACACCGUCAGGGACAUUGCCCAAGACGUGCUCAAGCGCGCGGGCUCGAGCUGGUUCCUGACGAGCCUGCGGACGAGCCAUCCGAGCGUCACCGAUGCGCCGUUGAUCGAGCCUUUGCUCUUGCGGUGGACGACGGGUGCCACGAUCAACGUGCACCAGGGGCUGAAGGAGUACGUCGGGGUGUCUAUGGAGUUUAUGGAUUUCUUGAGGAACGGCACGAGGGAGGGGGUGCUGGCCGAGGGCGUGACCCAUCAAGAAUACGGGAACGAUACCAUGAGCGAUGAGCAAAGGAGCAGGAUACCCAAGGCGAUAACUAAGUACUGGCAGAUUCACGUAGCACCUCCUCGUCAAGAGUAA